AGAGGCAGGAAGACAGGACCAUGUCGAAGGGCCCCGGGCCCGGCGGCUCCGCAGCUUCCUCGGCGCCCCCGGCCGCUACCGCUCCGGUGCUGCAGGCACAGCCCGAGAAACCGCAGCACUACACGUACCUGAAGGAGUUCCGUACGGAGCAGUGCCCACUCUUUGUGCAACACAAAUGUACGCAGCAUCGGCCCUACACCUGUUUCCACUGGCACUUCGUGAACCAGCGGCGCCGCCGGUCCAUUCGCCGUCGUGACGGCACCUUCAACUAUAGUCCUGACGUCUACUGCACCAAGUACGACGAGGCAACAGGCCUCUGUCCAGAGGGCGACGAGUGCCCAUUCCUGCACAGGACCACAGGAGACACUGAGCGCAGGUACCACCUUCGUUACUAUAAAACUGGAAUCUGCAUUCACGAGACCGACUCAAAAGGCAACUGCACCAAGAACGGCCUGCACUGUGCUUUUGCCCAUGGGCCCCAUGACCUCCGCUCCCCUGUCUAUGACAUCAGGGAGCUCCAGGCCAUGGAAGCCUUGCAGAAUGGCCAGACCACAGUAGAGAGCAGCAUAGAAGGCCAGUCUUCUGGGGCUGCAAGCCAUGCAAUGAUAGAAAAAAUCCUCAGUGAGGAGCCUCGCUGGCAAGAGACCGCUUAUGUGCUGGGGAACUAUAAGACGGAGCCGUGCAAGAAGCCCCCGCGGCUGUGCCGCCAGGGCUAUGCCUGUCCCUACUACCACAACAGCAAGGACCGGCGGCGGAGCCCCCGGAAGCACAAAUACAGGUCGUCUCCUUGUCCAAAUGUCAAACAUGGGGACGAGUGGGGAGAUCCCGGCAAGUGUGAGAACGGAGAUGCCUGCCAGUAUUGCCAUACCCGCACAGAGCAGCAGUUCCACCCGGAGAUCUACAAAUCCACCAAGUGCAAUGACAUGCAGCAGUCAGGGAGCUGUCCCCGAGGACCUUUCUGCGCCUUUGCUCAUGUAGAACAGCCACCCCUAAGUGACGACCUGCAGCCUUCCUCAGCUGUGUCCAGCCCCACCCAGCCAGGUCCCAUCUUGUACAUGCCAUCUGCUGCUGGAGACUCGGUGCCUGUGAGCCCCUCCAGCCCGCAUGCCCCCGACCUCAGCGCUCUCCUCUGCAGGAGCAGCAGCCUGGGCAGCCCAUCCAACCUGUGUGGCUCCCCACCGGGCCCUGGUAGGAAGCCACCAAACCUGGAGGGUCUCGUCUUUCCUGGGGAGGCUGGCCUAGCCCCUGGCAGCUACAAGAAAGCUCCUGGCUUUGAGAGGGAAGACCAGGUGGGAGCCGAGUACCUGAAAACUUUCAAAUGCCAGACCAAACUGAAACCCCAUUCACUAGAGCCCAGGAGUCAAGAGCAGCCUCUGCUUCAGCCCAAACAGGACGUGCUGGGCAUCCUCCCUGUGGGCAGCCCUCUGACCUCAAGCAUCUCUUCCAGUAUCACCUCCAGCCUGGCAGCCACACCCCCCAGCCCUGCAGGCACCAGCAGCGCCCCUGGCAUGAAUGCAAACGCUCUGCCCUUCUAUCCCACCAGUGACACGGUAGAAUCGGUCAUAGAAUCUGCCUUGGAUGAUCUGGACCUGAACGAGUUUGGGGUGGCUGCCCUGGAGAAGACUUUCGAUAAUAGCACAGUGCCCCACCCCAGCAGCAUCACAAUCGGUGGCAGUUUGCUGCAGAGUUCUGCACCUGUGAAUAUCCCUGGCUCCCUGGGCAGCUCUACCUCCUUCCACUCUGCGUCCCCCUCUCCUCCUGUCAGCCUCUCUUCACAUUUUCUACAGCAGCCCCAGGGUCACCUGAGCCAGUCAGAAAACACAUUUUUGGGGACCUCAGCAUCACAUGGAUCUUUAGGUCUGAAUGGAAUGAACAGCAGCAUCUGGGAGCACUUUGCCUCUGGAAGCUUCUCCCCAGGGACUUCCCCUGCCUUCCUAUCAGGGCCAGGGGCUGCUGAGCUGGCCCGGCUUCGGCAAGAGCUAGAUGAAGCCAACGGGACCAUCAAGCAGUGGGAAGAGUCCUGGAAGCAGGCCAAGCAGGCUUGUGAUGCCUGGAAGAAGGAGGCAGAGGAGGCCGGCGAGCGGGCCAGUGCGGCAGGUGCUGAAUGCGAGCUGGCUCGGGAACAGCGGGAUGCGCUGGAGGUGCAGGUGAAGAAGCUCCAGGAAGAGCUAGAGCGGCUGCAUGCAGGGCCUGACCCCCAGGCCCUGCCCACCUUCCCUGACCUGGAGGCACUCUCGCUCUCUACUCUCUACUCCCUCCAGAAGCAGCUGCGGGCCCAUCUGGAACAAGUGGACAAGGCUGUGUUCCACAUGCAGUCGGUGAAAUGCCUUAAGUGUCAGGAGCAGACUCGGGCGGUGCUACCGUGCCAACACGCCGUGCUGUGCGAGCUGUGUGCCGAGGGCAGUGAAUGCCCUGUCUGCCAACCCGGCAGGGCCCAUACCCUCCAGUCGUGACCUUGCAGGCCUGGCCUGGCCUGGCCGGACCCAGAUCUCUCACCUAGAACUCUUUAAAGUAUAUAUAUAUAUAUGUAUGUAUGUAUGUAUGUAUGUAUGUAUAUGUAUAUGAUUAUGUACAUGUAUACAUUUGUGUGUGUGCCAGUAUGCGUGGUGGCCAGCGUAUGCAGUGUCUGUGUGUAUAUCUGUACAUAGAUAUAGACACACACUUUAAAACAGACUUACCAAGCACUUUUUAAAAGAAAAGACUAUUUUGCAGUCCUCCCCUGCCCGCUCCCCACCCUUUCUGCUCAGAGACAAAGUCCCUUCUUCUCCCACUGGCCUUUUGGCAGAGAGAAUCUGUUUCUGUAUUUUUUAUGUAGGAACUAACUAUUUUUAACUUCUUCUUGGGGCCUAAGUGGGGAAGGGUGGGAAGCUGGAAGGGGAAAAGGGGAAGGGAGAAGCCUUCAGGGCAGGCCCUGCUCACCCUGUCUCUCCAGGCCCCCCUGGGUGGGUGGACCUGGUUCCCAGAUGUGAGGGCCUCAGGGAGGCCUGAGGGUGUGCUGGUGGUUGACGCCAGUCAAGCUCCUAGGUUUACCAAAUGUGUAUUUAGUCCUGGGGACCAUGGCGAGGGCUGGCAGGCCAAAGCUACAGGGCCAGCCCCCUCCCAAGUUGGGCCCUUGAAGCCCCUUGAGGGGCAAGGCCCAGUUAUGUCCCCCUCAGUUCUUCCCUCUUGGGCUCCCCGGAACAGCCUUCCUGGCCCCAGGGCCACCUGCCAGGCUGGCACUGCCCUCAGCUGUCCCUGCCCUGGCCCCUCUCUGGCGUGGCCUCUGUGCAGUUCGCCCCCUCCCUCUGGCAGCUAGCAGGGCAAUUGUUGGGGAGGAGUGCGGCCUGAGGACCAAGGGGGCGCAGGCCCUGCCCUCCUGGCAAGAGGGGCUCCAUAUGCAUUCCUUGGUGCUCUCCGAGUGCAGCUGACGUCCUGCCCAUUCUAGGCAGACGCCCGUGUGCAUGUGUGUGUGUGCUGUCCAGUGUAUAUUGUGUCUUAGCUUCGAUUUUAAAAGUCGUUCUGUACAGAAAGAGAUGCAGCGGGGGUGGGAGGGCAGAGUGGGCAGAGGGAAGUGACCUUGCUCCCAGCUCUGGGUGUUGGGUGGGCUCAAGAGGGUUGCAAAGGGUCUGCCCUGGCCCAGGCCCCCCUUGGGCUCAGCACGAAAGGGCUUUCAAUGAAUUAAGUGAAAACUUUUCUCCUUUUUUACAAAAAUGCAAAAAUCAACAAAGCAGAUCUAUUGGAAAUAAAAUAUGAACUUGCA